GGCGGGGCGUCAUGUGACCGCUGGCCGGCGACGGCUGAUGACGCUCGAGCCCGCGCUCGCGGUUUCAGCGACUGGGGAAGGGAGUUGAGGAAGGAGUUGGGGUCCGGGCGUGGGCGGUCCGGGUGCUGCCAGACCGAGCCGGGGCGCGCCUCCAGGUAAUAAUUUCAAGAUGCCCGGACGUUCCAGUUCAAGUUCAGGUUCAACUGGUUUUAUAUCCUUCAGUGGUAUAGAAUCUGCUCUCUCCUCUUUGAAAAACUUCCAAUCCUGUAUCAGCUCUGGAAUGGACACAGCUUCUAGUGUUGCCUUGGAUCUUGUGGAAACUCAGACUGAAGUGAGUAGUGAAUACAGUAUGGACAAGGCAAUGGUUGAAUUGGCCAUGAUGGAUCGGGAACUAAACCAUUAUGUAAAGGCUGUUCAAUCUGCAAUAAGUCAUGUAAAAGAAGAACGUCCAGAAAAAAUACCAGACCUAAAAUUGUUAGUGGAGAAGAAAUUUUUGGCUUUACAGAAUAAGAAUUGUGAUGCAGACUUUCAAAAUAAUGCAAAAUUUGUACAGUUUAAACAACAGCUGAAAGAACUAAAGAAGCAAUGCUCCAUUGGCAGAAGUGAGGAAAAAUAUGUGGUCUCAACUAUGAUCUUCAGUUUCCACAGAGAAGGAAGCAGGGCCUCCAGGAAGAACGACGUUUUAUUUACAGCAAUGAGAUUGAGCACUCUGGUAAUGCCACACUGCAGUUAUGGAGCUAAACCUACACUGGGCUUAACUAAACCAACCUCAUCUGUUAGAGAUGAAGCGACGGAGUCAGCACCUGAUGGUCUUCAAGCCGACAGAGAGGCUGAUGGGACAGAAGGAGUUGAUGAAGACAUGAUUGUGACCCAAAGUCAGACCAAUUUCAUCUGCCCCAUUACUCAGGUGGAAAUGAAGAAGCCGGUGAAAAAUAAAGUGUGUGGCCACACCUAUGAGGAGGAAGCCAUUGUACGCAUGAUUGAGUCCAAGCACAGGCGGAAGAAAAAGGCCUGUUGCCCCAAAAUUGGCUGUAGCCACACCGAUGUGAGAAUGUCUGAUCUCAUCCAGGAUGAAGCACUUAGAAGGGCCAUUGAGAACCACAACAAGAAGAAAAAUCGCCACUCCGAGUAGGAAAAACGCACCUACCUACAGGGAUGUCCGCAGCCUACCUCCUACCCCAGCCAUCUGGAGAGAGCAGUGCUCAUCCAAGCACUUCGACUGGCUGCAUAGCAUACUUUGUUGGGGUAACACUUGAAGGUUUUAAGUGUAAUUGGAAGCAUUUUUCUAUGUCACAACAAAAAUCCAAGCAUAUUAUAUUGUUUAUUUUUGAGUGUUCUAUAAUUUUAAAUAAAAUUUUGAUUAUCUGCA